AUGUUACCUUCUCUUUUUCUUAAUCUCUAUCUCUCAAUUUUUCUCCUUACUUCUCUCUUACUCCUUCUCCUUCCCUCCCCGUCUCUCUUGCUCCAUCUUUCUAUUUUUUCGUUCUUCUCACUUUCUCUCCCUAUAUAUUUCUAUCAACCUCUCCUUGCCUUCUCUCUCCUCAUCCUCUCCUUCACCCCGCUUAUCUCUAUCACUCUUCCUGUUUUUCUCUAUUCAACUCUCUCUCUCUCUCUCUCUCUCUCUCUCUCAUUCUCCCGGUCUCUCUUGCUCAAUCUUGCUAUUUUUUCCUUCAGAUCUUUCAAUCUCCCAAAAUAUUUCUAUCAACCUCUCUUUACAAUUUCUCUCUCUUCAUCUUUAAUUUCUCACCUCUUUCUGAAAUUUUAUAUCUCUAUCUAUCUAUCUAUCUAUCUAUCUAUCUAUCUAUCUAUCUCAGCAUUGCUCACAUCUAUCUAUCUAUCUAUCUAUCUAUCUAUCUAUCUUUCUUUCUUUCUCUCACUCUCUUUUUCUCAGUCUCUUUCUUUCUAUAUCUCUUUCUCUCUCUUUUCAUUCAUUUUUUCCUCUCUCUCGGUUGCUCACAUCUAUCUAUCUAUCUAUCUAUCUUGUAAAGUUUGUUCAUACUUAUUUUAUCGUAGUCACACUUUUUAUGUCUAUCAAUAUUCAUCUAUCUAUCUAUCUAUCUAUCUAUCUAUCUAUCUUGCUCAGUCUGUUCAUAUCAAUCUAUCUUAA